AUGGCUGACGAUUUGGCUCUCGACCUCGGAAAGAAGAAGAAGACCAAGAAGACCAUCAAGCUCGAUGACGACGAAGGCGCGCCAGCACCAGAGACCGGCGUUGAUGCUCUCGGUGAUGGAGUAGAAGAAUUGAAUCUUGGAACGAAAAAGAAGAAGAGAGCACCAAAAACAACGGAAGAAAUUGUUGAGGAUAAGGUUCCGACUCUUGACAUCGGAAUCGGCGCUCAAAACCUGAUCGACGCAAAAGGACUCUGGCCUGACUACACAUACGAGGAGGCGCUCACUCUCGUUUUCCAAGUUAUGAAAGACAAGAAUCCAGACUUUGCCGGCGACAAGAAGAAGUUCGCCAUCAAGCUUCCAGAAGUCGGAAGAGCCGGUUCGAAGAAGACCGCCUUCUCGAACUUCCUCGAAAUCUGUCGUCUUAUGAAGAGACAGGACAAACACGUGCUGCAAUUCUUGUUGGCCGAGUUGGGAACGACUGGAUCGAUUGACGGAAGCAACUGUUUGAUUGUGAAGGGAAGAUGGCAGCAGAAGCAUUUCGAGAGUGUGCUCAGAAAAUAUAUCAAGGAAUACGUAAUGUGUCACACGUGCAAAUCGCCUGAAACCCAACUCACCAAGGACACCCGCCUCUUCUUCCUCCAAUGCAACACCUGCGGAUCGAGAUGCUCCGUAACGGCAAUCAAGAGUGGAUUCAAGGCCGUCGUCGGAAAACGUGCGGCUAUCCGUCGUGCCACCGAAGCGACCGCCGGAAAAUAA